UUGGUAGUCUUGACGUAAUUAUUUCUGAGACUGAAGCAAGUUUUCCAACAGCGUAAUGAUUGAUUUUUACAACGGACGCUACCACAGUACGGUUAGGCAUUGUACAUUCUCGGGCAAACAGUCAGAUGGAUAACUUUUAUAUGUUUAGAUGAUCGCUGCUUGACUAAUCUUUGUCAAACAGGGAGAAAACAGUCUCAAGUGUUGAGCACUGUGAAACAGAAACCCGUUGUUCUCGUAUAAAAGAAGUGGUUGUCUUGGAGUAGUAGCUAGCGCUUUCAAGGAAGCAUUUUGAAUAUUGUUUCUCAAGGGGAACAGAACAAAGACAAUUUUUGGUACCUGUGAUAGGUUAUGGCUGAAGAAGGAAAAAGUGAUACUGAAGUGGAUCAAGAGAAAUAUGAUACAGAUAAACAUGUCAAGAUAAUUUGCCUGGGAGACAGUGCUGUUGGAAAAUCUAAGUUAAUGGAAAGGUUCCUGUUGGACGGAUAUCGACCCCAGCAACUAUCUACAUAUGCUCUUACACUGUACAAGCACACAGCUGCUGUGGAUGGGAAGACUGUACUAGUAGACUUCUGGGACACAGCAGGACAGGAGAGGUUCCAGAGCAUGCACCCCUCUUACUACCACAAAGCACAUGCUUGCAUUCUGCUGAUAUGAAAGUUACUCAGAAGUCAUUCAACUUUGCUAAGAAGAUGGGUCUGCCAUUGUAUUUUGUCUCAGCUGCUGAUGGGACCAAUGUAGUGAAGAACUUUGAACUGGACAAGAAAGAAGACUUGUCAGAUAAAGAUGAAAACUCAAAGGAGGAGUAGUCUUUGUCAGUAUACCUGUGUAAUAUCAUUUCCCUUAGCAGUGACUGCUGUGUAUUUAUGAAUAAGGAGCAACAGUCGAUUUUUUUUAUCAGUAUGGUGUUCAUGUGUGAGACUGAGCAUUUGUGUAAUGAAACUAUGUUUGUAAAAACAUUUAAUUUCUGUACUUGAAGUAGACGUGGCUUGUUAUAGGAUUUACAAGAGGUAGGCAGAAGUUGAAAAAUACAAAUUAGAGACAGAAAUGCCAAAGUAAGGAAAGUCUGUUUCUUUUGUUGAUGCUGCUGAAUAUUAGAGGCAUCUUUGCAUCUGAGAGGAAUUGUAGAUAGACUCAGAUGAACCACAUUUAAAUGCAAAUAAAUAUUCCGUCAGUUGCACUACUGCAAGGAAGUAUGUAAAGUCUUAAGACUUUUGGAAUCAUCAUUAUAAAAUACUGUAAGGAACACCUGAAUAUUACGAAAAAAAUAUUUGCACAUGUGUAAUGGGCCAUUUAUGUGAAACUUCAGGGAUGUAGCCUCUUGUUAAGGCCAAAAUUUGUCUUAUGUUCUAGUGGUUUUACAUUUUAGUCUUUUAGCUUUGAUCAUCUUGUAAUCUGCUGUUUUUUUUUUCAGAUUGAACCAUCUCUGGUGUAACAUGCAUAAUUCUAAGCAUAAAGCACACCACUAAUGUGGCUUUGACUGUAGAUCACAUUGAUUAAGUGUUAUGAAAACUGGAAAAUGAUCACAAAAUGUACAGUAUGACUGGAACAUUUGGAAAUUGAAAAAUUGUCUGCUGUUGUCUUUUCAUAUUUAGAACUACAUUGCAGUAUUGUUUCUGUCUUGAUACCUAUGCUGGCAAUGUUAAAAUAUAUAUGAAAAUAUGCCAAAAUAAAUGUUUUCAUUUUUUUCAAAAA